AUGCUCGGUGGCGCCUGCAUUGAGCUUGCGACAUCGCUUUACGCAUUCCGAUCGAGUUCAGGUCAAGUGUAUCGAGAAAAAUCGCUUCGCGCGAAUGCGGAAGGUGAGAGCCGUCUUAAGCAGGCACUCAGAAGUCGCGUCACCUGGACUGCCGCUGUCUUCCUUUUCGGGUAUGUCGGAGCCGGUGGAGCGCUUGGAGGCUGGAUUGUUACCUUCAUGCGCCGGGAAAGAGCAGGUGGCGAAUUCGAAUCUGGCAUUGUCGCGACCGGAUUCUGGACUGGCAUCGCUGCCGGCCGCCUUGUCUUGAGCUUCAUCACACCAAAGCUUGGCGAGAAGCUCGCUGUCCUGAUAUACUUUGUUAUCGCCAUCACAUGCCAACUCAUGUUCUGGCUCGUUCCAUCCUUCCACGUCUCAGCCAUCUUUGUCGCACUACAAGGCUUCUUCCUCGGUCCGCUCUUUCCAGCUGUCAUCGUCGCAGCGACUAAAGCUCUUCCGCCACAUCUCCAUGUCUCUGCGAUAGGCUUUGCUGCUGCGAUAGGUGUUGGCGGAGGUGCUGCGUUACCCUUUGCUAUCGGAUCGCUUGCUCAAACAAAAGGCCUUGGUGUCCUACAACCUAUCAUUCUGGCUGUUCUCGCAGCUCUCUUGGUUCUGUGGCUGUGCUUUCCGAAAUUGGAAAAGAGAAAGACGGAAGGAGGGGUGCCACUGCUCUCCCCAGAAGAGCAAAGAAAAUGGUGGCUCAACGUCGAUAUUGAUCUUGUAGAGAUCAUGAGACUCGACAUCAUGUCCUCCAACUCACCCGAGGCUUCAUCAUGCUCCAUCACAGACAAAUUGCGCUCUCUGAGGGCUGAAGUGGAUGAGCUCGCUAAGACCCUCGCUUCCGAUUCGGACUCCUCCACAGAGACGCUUGUCGGAGAUACACCAUCAACACAGAGUGCGGACACUUCCACGGGAGCUGAGACAAAGCCAAGUACGCCAUCAACAUCGACCAACGACGCCAACCAGAAUGAGACUCGCGAAGGACACCCGUCCAAUUCUGACGACACCGAUAUCGUGUAUCAUCCCCAUCUCCGCGACGUGAACAGCAUUCCCGACCUUACUUUCACCUUGACGGAACUCGUAGAUAUUCCCAACGACAUCAUCAAACAGUACUACGGCGAUCGCAUUCACUUCUCGAAAUGGUACGCUGGCCAACCCUAUACAAUGGCCUGGUGUAUCAAAGCGGAUGAUGUACUCGAUCCUAUCGCUAUUGUCAUUCGAUGGCCCAACGACUCAAGUCUUGAUAUCGUGAAAAAGGACGACGACGGCGACAGCAUUGCCCACGUGUCAAGACACCAAGAACGGACCAACACUCUGGGGACGGCAGCCGCCAACAUUCGUCUGAAAUUCGGAUGUGAUCGGAUUGGCUUCUACGACGGUGCGCAUCUGAUUUUGUUCGUAUUCAGCGAUAAACCCCGGUCAGGUGUCACCCUAUUCGUGGGAUGGUCGGAUGAAAUUCGCUACAAGCUCAUUAUGUGGCUAGGGGAGGCGAUCCGAAACACAAACGUGCAGAUGUUGAAACCGCUUGUGGGAUACGCGCUUGAGGACUCGAAUCUGGAGGCCGCGGCUCUGGAGCCUCCGCCGCAACGUUUCCUACAUGACAAACAUAUUGACAAUAGCGAGGUAAGCAGCGCGCUACUCACGUUCGGCGCCCAGUACGGUGGCUGUGCAUUCAAAAUCUACACAACCCCUGAUGGCAACCUCGUCAAAGUGGGAGACAGCCCACUCCAUACUGUCGACGAUUCCGCAAUCGCCACACCGGAAGGCGUCCUCAAAUCCUCACAACUCACUUUGAUCGACUUUCUGGUCAUUGCCGGUAAGGACCACUCUCCGGCCCUCAAACACAGCUACGAUAUUGUUCCCGACGCCAUCACCUGGUAUGUGCGCAAGACCGGCGAACGCAACGCGAAGGAGCUCGUUGGUAUAGUUCAGUUUGCUCCUGCCGGCACGAUCGUACCCGGCGAUUGGGGUCUCCGGAAGCCGGACCUUAUGUUCACGAAUGGCGAAGGUAUCGUGCGCACGGCGAAGCCCCUUCUGGAAGCCAUGUUGUCAUUUGGACAGAAGCGGGAGUGUUAUUGCUUGGCAUUAUUCGACUAUCACAACGUCGUCUUUGUGACGCGUUGUAAGGGAACGAAGGUGAAUGCAAGCAUAGCGUUGAUUAGUGGGGAGAGGAUUCGCGGCGGGUUCCUGCAGUGGCUGAUACGAGCAUUGCAAAUUGUCGACUAUCAUUGCGACGCAGUUGAGUGA